AUGGAAGAUGACGGUCUAAAUACAUUUCCCCGGGUAUUAGCUGCCACAUUUGAGAAAUACCUGGGCCCAGUAGCUGACCUUUGGCAUGAUUGCAGACAGCAUACAAGAUCACAGGACAGGAAAUCGACCCGCAGGAUGCUCGUAUCCUGGCACCUCAUAUCACCGAGCCUAAUAAUUUUGUGGUUAUGUUCAACUGAAUCGCUCUGCCCCGAGUCCUGCUACUGUAGACAAUCAGAAAAGGGCCAAAGAAAAGUAUCGUGCGUCAAGGGAGGCAUGCGGGACCCUCUUCCAGUCUCCGAAAUCGACCUCGGCAUGGAGGUUCUCGAGAUAUCAGCUCCAAAGGAUAAUCCCAAUACCUUGUCAAUCAGCCCCAUUUUCCAACAAUUUAAACGUUUGGAGGAGAUUAGCAUUAAACGAUCAAACAUCCAUCAAAUCGGAGUUCAUCCAUUCUGGGGAGUACCUACGAUACGCCUUCUAGAUUUAAGUCAUAAUAACAUCAGUGCCGUGUACGAUCAUAACUUUCGGGGGUUAGUGAAUUUAGUGGAAUUAAAUUUGGAUUUUAAUCGGAUCGAACGACUGUCGGUGGGAGUGUUUAAACAUCUAACGGAAUUGAGAAUGUUGACCUUAAAAAAUAAUUUAAUCAGUGAUUUGGAACCAAGGAUAUUCUUAAAAUUAGUGAAGCUGCAUAUUUUAAAAUUAAGUGAGAACAAGUUUACUGAAGAACUUAAUCCAGAAGUGUUCAAAGAUAUAUCGGAUCUACGAGUCCUUGAACUUAGAGGAUGCGGACUACAGAGAAUAAACGCACAACUGUACCAUUUGCUGCCUUACCUAUCCCACCUCGACUUGGGAUACAACCAAAUUCAAUUUUUAUCACAAGACGAGUUCCACGACCUCCGUAGGCUCCACAUCCUCAAACUAGAUGGAAACCUUUUACCGGUUAUCCUAGAAAAGACCUUCAUCCACCAACAACAACUAAAAUAUUUGUGUUUAGCGAAAAACCGGUUAGCUAAGAUAACAGAUACUGCCUUUUUGAAUCUUACGAACUUAAUAGAAUUGGACAUUAGUUACAAUAAAUUGAGUAAAUUAGAACCUUUCGCGUUGACUCAUAUUGCAGACACCUUACAAAGGCUAGUGAUCAGCGGGAAUAACUUUACCUUGUCUUUGAUAAAGUUGUUCUUGCAAACGUUGUAUAGAGUGUGGCACCUUGAAAUAGCACAUAUGAAACUAUCAGUAUUACCAGAAAAGUUCCUACCAGAUCGAAUCAAGAAACUGAAUGUAUCGUGGAACAAUAUAACCAACUUAAACUUCAACACUUUUCCUAAGCAAUUACAAGAGCUAGAUAUUUCUUUUAAUAAAAUUAAAGGCCUAAAUGACAGCGUUGUUGUCAAGUUGGAAACGCUGAGAUACGUGAAUUUUACAGGAAAUCCUUGGUCUUGCGAUUUGUGUCAUAUAACCGCGAUUUUGUUUCGUAUCAACAAGACCACGAUAUUUAAAAACUCAGUAUGUGCCUCUCCAUCUAGACUUGUGAAUAAAGAAAUAGUGAAUCUGCGCUUUGAAGACAUAACCACUUGUGAAGUGACUAACGGUUCCAGUGACAAGAUUCCUACGGAUAAACUCAGCUUGCUGGUCGGCUUGUUGUGUAUUAUAGUUUUCGCGAUAUUUUCAAUUAUUUUUGUUGUUUGUUCGUGUAUGAAACGACAUUCGGAGAACCUGGAAAGGCAACGAAAACGAACCGAACGGGCAGAAAAUAAUAUCGAAAAUGCCACUGCGGUUUUUUGUAAGGGAGAGAUAAGUUUCAAAUUCCCUCUAGAUUUAACAGAAAGAAAGAUGUCAGUGUCAACUAUAGAUGAGAUCAAAAAGGAUUCACAACAAAGUUUGCCGAACGGUACGGUGGUCGGAAUUUGAAAGGAACUGAAAUUUUCUACACGGCCGAUUCGGAUAUAGGCCAGUAAUGUGAUGAAUUUUGUACAUAUUAUAUAGAUUAAGUUUGCAAAGGCUCAUUGUUUUGUAUUAUUUUUAUUGUAACAACCGAAAUGUAUUUGAAAUUUUACCUACUAGUAUUUGCAUUGACUAAGUAAUAUCGUAAUUUUUUAUGACAUCAUUUCAUUUUAUGUUUUGGUAUUGCUUUUCUCAGAUCCUUUUUUAGACCAGGGCCACUCUUUGAAAAAACUACUACAUUUAGUUGUGAGAGUCGCAUUCUGAGAUUUACAGAAAAAUUUUGUGAAAACUUUAUUAUAUAAGUAAUAAUAAUUUACUUUCUCUCUGUCUGAAAUAUUUUCUAAAAUAUUUAAAAAUGACUAAAAAUAUCAUUUUUGUCUCUAAUUUCCUUUUUGUUGUUCUGAAGCUAUUUCAACUAUUUUUAAUGGGAAUAAACCACAAUUUUACCAAAAAAAUUAUUUGAUUAACGUUUCGAAUCCCAAAUUGGG